GGCCCUGCCCCCGCCUCCCCCUCGCUGUCUCGCUCGGCCUGCGCUGCCGCUGCCGCCGCCGCCGCCGCCGCCGCCGCUGCUGUGGGCCCGGCUCCGCUCCGCCUGCUCCGCCGCCUUCCUCCCUGAGCGCUGCCAGGCCGGCCGCCAUGGCGAAUGUGGCCGACACGAAGCUGUACGACAUCCUGGGCGUCCCGCCCGGCGCCAGCGAGAACGAGCUGAAGAAGGCAUACAGAAAGUUAGCCAAGGAAUACCAUCCCGAUAAGAAUCCAAAUGCUGGUGACAAAUUCAAAGAAAUAAGUUUUGCAUAUGAAGUACUAUCAAAUCCUGAGAAGCGCGAACUAUAUGACAGAUAUGGAGAACAAGGUCUUCGGGAAGGUAGCGGCGGAGGUGGUGGCAUGGAUGAUAUUUUCUCUCACAUUUUUGGUGGGGGAUUAUUCGGCUUCAUGGGCAAUCAGAGCAGAAGUCGAAAUGGCAGAAGAAGAGGAGAGGACAUGAUGCAUCCACUCAAAGUAUCUUUAGAAGAUCUGUAUAAUGGCAAGACAACCAAACUACAACUUAGCAAGAAUGUACUCUGUAGCGCAUGCAGUGGCCAAGGUGGAAAGUCUGGAGCUGUUCAGAAGUGUAGUGCUUGUCGGGGUCGAGGUGUACGCAUCAUGAUCAGACAGCUGGCUCCAGGAAUGGUACAACAGAUGCAGUCUGUGUGUUCUGACUGUAAUGGAGAAGGGGAGGUAAUUAAUGAAAAGGACCGCUGUAAAAAAUGUGAAGGGAAGAAGGUGAUUAAAGAAGUCAAGAUUCUUGAAGUCCACGUAGACAAAGGCAUGAAACAUGGACAGAGAAUUACAUUUACUGGGGAAGCAGACCAGGCCCCAGGAGUGGAACCAGGAGACAUUGUUCUUUUGCUACAAGAAAAAGAACAUGAGGUGUUCCAGAGAGACGGAAAUGAUUUGCACAUGACAUAUAAGAUAGGACUUGUUGAAGCUCUAUGUGGAUUUCAGUUCACAUUUAAGCACCUUGAUGGACGCCAGAUUGUGGUGAAAUACCCCCCUGGCAAAGUAAUUGAGCCAGGAUGUGUCCGUGUAGUUCGAGGUGAAGGAAUGCCACAGUAUCGUAAUCCCUUUGAAAAAGGUGAUCUUUACAUAAAAUUUGAUGUGCAGUUUCCUGAAAACAACUGGAUCAACCCAGACAAGCUUUCUGAAUUAGAAGAUCUUCUGCCAUCUAGACCAGAAGUUCCGAACAUUAUUGGAGACACAGAGGAGGUAGAGCUUCAAGAGUUUGAUAGCACUCGGGGCUCAGGAGGUGGUCAGAGGCGUGAAGCCUAUAAUGAUAGCUCUGAUGAAGAAAGCAGUAGCCAUCAUGGACCAGGAGUGCAAUGUGCCCAUCAGUAAACUCUGCAAACAAAUUGCACAGGUGGAUUUUCUUUCCACACUUGCCUGGUUUGUUUUCAGCGAUCCAGCUGGUCAACCCAGAUGAACUGAUGGACAUCUGUUGGUCUAUGUGUAACUUUUAAAAUUGGUAUAGUAUCUACAGAGUGUAUAAUUUAAACUAACCACAAAGCUUUACAUCUUCAUUUCGACUGUUCUGUAGCAGAAUAAAGCACUUGAAAGGAAACAAGACUCCCUUUCACAUGUGGGUUAUAAGUUUCAGUCCUGGUAUCUGUGCUUGAUUUUUAUCAGUUUUGUGUAGAUUUUAUGUUUCAUAUUUUAAAUUCAAAUCCCACAUUGUAAAGUUUGUGUACAAUUUGUCCUGAAGCUUUGUGUUUGGCUGCACCUGCAUAAGCUGCUACAAAUAGAAUAAAGAAUUUCAUAGCCUGUAUCUAUCAUUUAGAUGCAUGGAAAAAUGGGCUUUGCACACAAUGGGUUUGGAGCUGACUGGGAACAAUGGAAAAAAUAACAUUAGCUGAGCUGUGGUUGUAAAGUUUGGGGUUUCUCCCCCGGCCCUUUUUUUUUCCUUUUUUUCUUUUUUUUUUUUUUUUUUU